AUGGAUAUAAAUGAUGAAAGUAAAAACUCAUCAUUAAAUGAAUGCAAAAAACAACUUUCUUUUAUUGAUAUGGUUGAAAUAGAAACUUCAAAAAACAUGAUUAGCACAGAUUUCGAUAAUGUGAUAUUUGUCACUAAAAAUGGAAUUGAUAUUCAAGAAAUGGUUUAUCAACGUGAAAAGCAUAAUGCUUAUACUUCUCGAAAUAUUGAAUGGACAAUCAAGACAAAUAAUACAAGAAUAAUCAAUUCAGAUUUAAUUAAUCCAAAUCAAGCAAAUCAUAUUGUAUCAUUUUUUACUAAAAAUGAAAAUGCAGAAAUGUGA